GUGGAGGAGGAGGAGUAGCAGGUGGAGUAACAACAGGAGGAGGAGGGGGAAGAAAAGGAGGAUGGGCGUGGCUUCGACGUGCAGGAGUGCUGGCAGGGGCGGGGACACUGUGUAAGGAACACGCCCUCACCUCCCUCCUGGUGUGUGCCGCCUGGGAUGUUAUACUGCACAGGAAACACGUAAGAAGACUACUCUGCAGGCGGCCUCGGAGCAGACCCUUGGGUGCCCUACUCAAGAGGCUGUUCUGGCUGAGUGUUAUGGGGGCGGUGAUCCUGGUCCUCCGGCUAUGGAUGCUCCGAGGGACAUCACCUGUCUUCAGCGAUCAGGACAACCCGGCGUCUUUCGCUCCUUCCCGCUUAACAAGGUAG